GUCAUAUGAAGUGCACGUGAAUCAUAAGGGCAAGGAGUACAAUGCAUGCAGUACAUUAAAAUACGGCGUCAACAUAUUUCAACGUUGCCAUGUCAGCCAUUUUUGUUGGUGAGCCUGUUAUCUUUCAAACGUUAAAGACUACAGGCCGUGAUGCAGCUGCACGUAAGUGAAGCAGACCUGUAUGGAUGAGGGAAUGACGGUGCUGACGUACGGUGUGGGAUCAUGGACGAAUUCCCCCAAUCACGGAGGAAGGAUACAAUCACUAAUGCCGGGAUGAGAGACUGAAUAAAAGCUCAUAGGCCUGCUGAACCCACAAGACGAGUACUAGGAGAAACGGGAGACAAUGGGUGCAGUUUGGAGCUGGCUGCUUGGAUCAGGGAAUCCUAGCCAAGAGCACCUGCAGCCAGCAUCUUUGGGUGCGUCCAACGUCGAUUCCAUCACACAACAUGCAACACCAGCUGCAAAUUUUCCACCAAAUGUGGCAGUGACAGGACGAAACAAUCCGGUUUUUCUCAAUCGUGUCGAAGGAUCAAUAUUCAACUUCUAUGCGGAGACUCCUAAGAACGAAAAGGGGCACUUGGGGAUAAAUUGUGCUGAGCAGCUGAAGACAUAUUACUUGAAGGAAAUGAGCACAAUUCCGAUCCAUCCAAUUCUGCUGUCCACAACGAGGAAGAUCAAGGAUAUUUUCAUACAGCUGCUGCUCCGUAAAGAGACGCACAGGACUAGAAGAGCUGAAAAAGGAGUAAGACUGAGGGCAGACUCCAAGGAAUGCUACCCAGAUAAUCCGAUAAUGGAGCCUUUGAAAUCCCAAGACGAUCUGAUGCAACUCCUGAUUGAUGAUGGCCACGUUGUUGUCGUGGGAACAGCUGGGAAGGGUAAAACUACCCUCACUAGAAAGAUUGCGUAUGACUGGACUUGCCAUGCUUCUGAUUCGUGCUUGAGUUUGUUCAAGCUUGUGUUCGUUCUGAGAAUGAAGGAGAUCCAAGUUGGCUCGGGCAUCCUUGAUUCAAUGCGCAAGAUUCUCCCAACGGACGUUGGGGUAUCGAGGCGGCAUCUCCAGCACAUAAUACACGAAAAUCAGAGAGAAGUCCUUAUCAUAUUUGACGGCUUGGACGAAGCUUCCUCAACUGUACUCGAAGGUCCAGUCCAUGAUGAUGACUACCCAAUCAAAGAUGUCUUGUCCGCCAAAGCUCUUCGAAAUUGCUCAGUGCUCGUUACAACACGCCCACACAAAAUGGACCAACUUCGAAGCUACUUUAAAAACUACACAGUCGUUGAGACAACUGGUUUUUCAUCGGACAACAGGAAUAAGUAUAUACAGCAGUUUUUCUCUGAUGACAAGAGCAUUGGAGAAGCUCUUAUAAAGGAAGUAGAUGUUACUGCUUUUAUUCAUACCUUAGCACAGUGCCCUAUCAUGUUGUUGCUUCUGUGCUUGAUUUGGAAUCAUGACCAGACCCUACCCCAACGAUUAACAGAGCUAUACGAAAGGGCAGUAAAUGUGCUGGUCGACCACCUUUCCAGUAAAGGCAGUCCAAAUCUCCAUGAUCCGACGAAAAUGGAUGCGCUCAUAGAGGUCAUUGGCAGAGUCGCAUUUGAAGGAUUGAUCAAUCCCUUGGGAGAAAGGUUGGUGUUCUCCCCAGAAGAGUUCUCUAACAAUCUGGAGUACGCAUUUCAGAUUGGCAUUUUAUUUCAGGAGACAAGGAUCGUUGUUGAGCACAUCGUGAGGACGAUUAAUUUUUUGCACAAGUCGUUUCAAGAAUUUUUCGCUGCCAAAUUCUUAGCACUAAAAGCAGGGGGGCAGAUACGAGAAAAGCUAUUGCCACUUGUAACGUUGGAAACGAUCCAGGAAAAGGAGUACCUUCUUCGGUUUUGUUGCGGCAUGAACCAAGAGGCUGCCUGCGCGAUUCUUGAGCACAUCAACGGACUCAGCGAAGAUCUGCAAACACCAGCCUACUUGUGGAUACAGAGUUUCUCGUUGGUGCUAGUUUUCGAGGCGCAGUCACCGGACUUGGUUAAAGCGGUGGGGUCACGUUUAACACUGAAAUACAAGGAAGAUUUUUCGGCCAUGGUCUACUUUUUGCAAUGGCUUCCGGAUUUCGUCCGACUAGACAGGCUAAACAUCCAUGUGACCCAUAUUCAUGCGCAAGCUGCCUCACGCAGUAUUCUGGAACAAGUCAGGGUGGACUCUUUAUAUUUCCAUCUCGACCUGACUUCUAUGAAUUCAGGACAGUUUCUAAAUCAGCUAACGGCUCUCAGAGAAAACAUUGCUAGCAUGCCCCACCAGCCUCAUGCUACACGUCUGUAUUUAACCACGGAUGGCUGUGAUAAUCAUUCCAACACAGAGGAGUGUAACACCGUCGGUAUUCAAAUCUCCCAGCUUAGUUGCUUCUUUCGAGAAAAUCAAACCCUUAAGAAUUUUGGCAUAGGACUCGCAGGCAACAUCAUCCGAUCAGAAGUGCAGCUGAAGGACUUCGUUGGUACCCUUGUGUCAUGCAAGGCGACGUACUUGUGCAUUGAUGACAACGACUUGCACGGAUCACUUGGCAUCCUUUCUCCGCUAUUCCAGACCUUGACGUCCCUUGUGCUGCGACGCUGCAGCCUGACUGACGAUGAUAUGAACAAGGUGUCUAGGUUUGUGACAGAGGCAAAUAACCUUACUUGCCUGUACUUUCACGGCGGAAACUUUAGUCAGGAUGCAGUUUACACUCUGAUAGACGCCAUCAAUCAAAACGAAUCUAUCGAUCUUGAGAAACUAUACCUGUGCGAUAUCGACUUAGACCCGUCACUGGUCUCUAGGAUGGUCUUGGAAAAAAUCCCACACUUGAAGGAGUUUAAAACAGGGUUCUUCGCAAAACGGGAAUGAAGGCCUCCCCGACACAAAAUCACAGAAACCAGAUGGAUCACCCGAUCUGACUACCCACCACUGCAAGCGAGGUUUGUGUGGAGGAAUGACCCUGUUUGGAGCUGGGAAGAAAUAUGUUAUGGUAGGCCUAUUAUUUCAUCGAGAACGCAUUGAAGUGAGCUUUUGUCCUGAAACAAAAUAAACUUCAUGCUAUAGAUUUGGUAGUAAAUAUAUUAUCGUUAAAAAUGGAUCCUUUCCAGGAGGAAAGAAUGCGGGGAAAAAAAAGAAACGAAAAUAUCAUCUGGGAUUCAAACCAAUAGAGAGCACCCACAAUACUAGCUCUUUUCCCAUACACAAGAUCAAAUUCUUCCCUUUUUUACCCACGACCCCUCAUAAUGACACCGGAGCCGUUUAAUUCCGUUCUUAACGUAGUAUGUUUCGGCCCUGUUCCGAACGGGAGCGUCUCUCUGUAAAAGCCACAUUUGUUAAACAGCGGUGGGUAGUCCAGUCGGAUGGAACGAUACGACAGGUGUUUCAGCUGGCCAUAAAAGAGGCUGGAGUGGGGAUGUGUCCAUCUCGGGGACAAUGUCUACACCCUGCCACUUACAAGGCAUGAAGUAAUUGUAUCCUCAGUGCAUGCGGACAUAAUCAUGUAACGCUGCAGCCUGUAUCAAACCUCCAAUUCGCAUUUGAGAAAAAUAUAUUUGCACUUUCAUGGAAAAGAGAAGGUGCCUUAAUACUCAGCAACGACUGCCAUGCCGAGACUCCUGGCUGGCAUUCACUCCUCUCUCGUUGAACUGUGUCGUUUAUUUAACGUACUGGCCGUGUUACCAGGAGUAAUAAUGAAGGCAGGCACGAAGUUAGUCAGACCUCUAUUUAUUAGUGAAAGGAUUCUUGUGCACAGAGUAUAUGCAGCGUUUUCGGUUCAGAGUUGCAUACAUAGAGAGUGCGCAGCACCAUCUUUCGGGCCUGUUUGUUUCACACGGAUUGGAAUCGCGAUCAUUGAUCUGUAAUCCAACGAAGGAUCACUGAUCGUGAUCCAGACAAGCACGGCCUUAGAGUUUGAUACAAAAUGGCUGUUCAUUACCGUGUGACGGUGCAGUAGCACGCAGCUGUUGUUUACUAAUUAUGUUACAUGUGCGCUGAUGUAUAAUCCACCAUUUUGGUUUCAACAGUAGGCAAAUAUCAAAACACAAUGACGUCACGCAAUGUUUACUGCAGUGCAUUGUGGGUGAAAAGUCGGGAUACAUGUACAUGUAGAAAUCAAAGAUGGCGGACACGUGUGAGCCUUCGCGCGCAUUUAGAGGGAGCAAAUUUGCAGUCUCGCGGAAGCUUGAAAAAAUGUAGCUCUGGCGUUCGUACUUGAUACACACAAUGGCACGCAACAUUUAACGCGAACCAAUUUGGAAAAUGUAGGUUUCUCAAUUUAAUAAUUUUUUUGACAAUUUUCCAUUCGCGUGAUGUUAGCAAUAGCUCACGUAUUAUCGUUCGUCCCGAACAGGGAGCUGGAUAGGGCUUAUGGCCUUACACAGAUUUCAUUGAAGGAAAUACGUCACGUGGGUUCACAGAUAACGAAGCGCAGAUUCUUCUGCCAGGUGCGCGAGCUCGCUCAAUGCGUUACACAAGCGGCAGUCAUCAAUUCGAUAUUUUCUUUUUCAUUCUCAUUGCUGAAAAUAUUUUCACUACACUUUAUUCGUUAAUCCGAAAUUAAUCAAGAUAGCCAAUGAUUUUUAGUAUAUCGCCAAAGGCCAUUUGCAAACUCACGUGCAAAACUAGUUUAUCUUGAAUAAGUAGAUUACCAUCAAAAACACUAUGCACCACACCACAUCGCGGUCCAGCACGAUCGUGACAUCACAGGAAAAGGGUCUAUGCGGCAAAGUCGUAUCAAGUCUAAAACCAGUUUUGCAGAGACUUUAAGGGGGCAAUCAAUAAUAUUGCUCUACUGAGACAACCCAUAUGUGAAGUUUGGAUUUCACUGUUUCUUUGUACACCUGUGUGUGGUGGCAUGAAAACAGGAUUUGCUCCAAAAGUGUGUAUUUUGGGAAAGACACCUAACAGUAAGGAUAUAGCUUUAAUUGGCCAGCAGGCGUAUUUUUCCAUAUGCCCUUCUCUCUUUGGAAGCCUCAAAGUGGGAUUUUAGCUUGACAAACUCUGGACGCUGGAGGUAAAGGGGAUUAAAGUCAAUAGCGUUCGGUGAUAAUAUCCUAAAUGAGCCCCGUGCACUUUUAAUAGUUAAUUGCGUCGUCGGUGUUGAUUGUUAACCCCCUCCCAGAAAUUUCCCAGAAAAAGUGCUUUUGCCUCCCCCCGGCCAAGUUUCUUGUGACGCGCACGGUUGCGCACACCCCAUUCAGCGAUUUGAACAAAGGGGCGUUUGAAUACAGUGAUAAAGAACUUGAUUGGGCUGGGUUCCUUACGGUCAAGGCUUGAUUUCCAAAGGAAAUCCGGAGGUAUAAAGUGUCCUCUUGUUUCUUGGAAGAGGAAAUUUACACAGAGUUUAUACUUCGGGUCUUGUAACAUGUAUAUGUACUGUAGUUGUAGCGUAACGCAAACGCAUAAAAUUUACCACGCUGGUGAAUGUGGUUAUUUAUAAAGCUGCAGUAUACGUGCACUUAAAUCGACCUAAGAAUAAUAUCCGAAGACCUCUUUCGGUCCUGUGAGAAUCUGAAAAAUUAAUACUUUUGUGUUACUUUUACAUCACAUUAAUAUUGAGUGAAGCAGUCACCCGAGUUUCUCCUCACUCAAGAACUCUAAGAACACCGCCUGUCAUUCAUUCUCGUCAUAUUAUUAUGGCAUAGCCUUCGUUUAAUAGUGGUGUUCAGGUAAAUUGGAUGGGUGUAGGUUUCUGAGUAUUCAUCUUGGCGACAAAGGCUGUCUCCUCGCACACCUCAAAGACACAGGUUUUAAUUUGAAGUUGUUCAGUAUAUACAUGAAUUGUGAGUUUUUGCAAUGCUCAGUUUAUGUGCUGCUAUCCGAAGGAGUUGACUGUUUUAGUCAUUUUUGAAGUUUUGAAAUAUUACUUUAUUAUGAAAUGUACCUAAGAUCUUCGGCACUUCUUUUUAUCUUGCUCACCUUGAAAUGUUAUGUUAGCAUGCCAUUGUGUGAUUUUGCUAAACCCUGUUGUCUUUCACUUUUUUUCACAAUCUCGCUAUAGUGUAAAGUUUCAAUAUUUCAAAUUCCUUGUCUUUUUUAUUUGCAGAUUUGAUACGCUUGGGAUCCAAUUUAUCCUAAUUACGUAAUAAAAAAAAUUUCGGCCAAAUGCAAAAACCUCCUGUUAAUUUGUACCUCUGUAGAUGCUGAACAGC